AUGAAGACCGACUUCAAGUUCUCAAACUUGCUUGGCACUGUGUACUGCCAGGGCAACUUGCUCUUCAGUCCAGAUGGCACUCAUUUGUUCUCCCCUGUCGGCAACAGGGUGUCCGUCUUCAAUUUGGUCGAAACCGAAGUAUGGCAGGUGCCGUCAACGCCGGACGCGAACAGCGAGGGGGAGCUGGAGUUUGCUCCCUUUGUCCGGCAUCACUCACACAUGGGGCACUUUGAUGAUGUGAGAUACAUUGAAUGGUCCACGGAUUCGCGGUUCUUUCUCACAGCGUCAAAAGACUUGACAACAAGAAUAUGGAGUCUGGAUGCGGAAGAAGGAUUUCAGCCCACUGUGCUGUCGGGGCAUAAACAAGCUGUCGUCGGAGCUUGGUUCUCCGAAGAUCAGGAGACUAUCUACACAGUCAGCAAGGACGGCGCGGUCUUUACGUGGAAGUAUGUGAAGCCGAAGAACCGUAUCGAGGACGACCGAAUGGACGAGGACGAUGAUGAAGACGCCGACAUGCGGUGGAGGAUUGUUGAGAGGCAUUACUUCAUGCAAGGAAGCGCGCAUGUCAGGUGCGCCUCGUUCCAUUCAGCGUCCAAUCUGCUCGUUGCGGGCUACUCCGACGGCAUCUUCGCCUUGUACGAGAUGCCCGACUUCAACAACAUCCACAAAUUGAGCAUCUCACAAAACGACAUUGAUUUUGUCACCAUCAACCAGAGCGGAGAGUGGCUCGCGUUCGGUGCCUCGAAGCUAGGUCAGCUGCUCGUGUGGGAAUGGCAGUCAGAGUCGUACAUCCUCAAGCAGCAGGGUCACUUCGACUCUAUGAACUCGCUUGUCUACUCGCCCGAUGGCCAGCGUAUCAUAACGACGGCAGACGACGGGAAGAUCAAGGUCUGGGACAUUGAGUCUGGUUUCUGCAUUGUCACCUUUACGGAGCACACGAGCGGCGUCACAGCAUGCGAAUUCGCGAAGAAAGGCAAUGUUCUCUUCACAGCAAGUCUCGACGGCUCCAUACGAGCAUGGGAUCUGAUCCGGUAUCGAAACUUCCGCACCUUCACAGCGCCCACGAGGCUAUCCUUCUCGUGUAUGUCCGUCGACCCUAGCGGCGAGGUUGUCGCUGCUGGCUCCCUGGAUUCCUUCGACAUUCACAUUUGGUCUGUGCAGACGGGACAGCUGCUUGACCAGCUGGCCGGCCACGAGGGGCCUGUCUCGGCAUUGGCUUUUGCGCCUAGUGGCGAUUCCCUUGUCAGUGGAAGCUGGGACAGAACAGCGCGCAUCUGGUCCAUCUUCUCUCGGACACAAACGAGCGAACCUCUUCAACUCCAGGCGGACAUCCUGGAUAUUGCCGUGCGCCCAGACUCUCAGCAGCUGGCCGUCUCCACACUAGACGGACAGUUGACAUUCUGGACCAUGUCGGAUGCAGAGCAAGUGGCUGGCCUGGAUGGACGAAGAGACGCCUCUGGUGGACGCAAAACAUCAGACCGCAGGACCGCAGCCAACGUGUCCGGCACGAAGAGCUUCAACACCAUCCGAUACAGCACUGACGGAAGCUGUAUCCUCGCCGGCGGAAACAGCAAGUACAUUUGCCUCUACUCUGUCACCACUAUGGUCAUGUUGAAAAAGUUCACCGUUUCUGUGAACCUGUCGUUGUCUGGCACGCAAGAGUUCCUGAACAGCAAGCUCCUCACGGAGGCUGGGCCGGCCGGCGAGCUCGAUAGCCAGGGCGAGGAGUCGGACCGCGAGAACCGACGAGACGCAAGGCUGCCUGGGUCCAAGCGUGGUGGCGAUCCUUCCGCGAGAAAGAAACAGGCCGAAGUACGCGUCACGAGCGUUGGCUUCUCUCCCGCAGGCACCGCCUUCUGCGCUGCGUCCACCGAGGGCCUGCUCAUCUACAGCCUUGACCAGACGGUGCAGUUCGACCCUUUCGACCUCAACAUGGAAAUCACACCGGCAUCGACGCUGGCAGUCCUGGACCACGAAAAGGACUACCUGAAGGCUCUGGUCAUGGCCUUCCGCCUGAACGAGGCAGGUCUCAUCAAGCGCGUCUUCCAAGCCGUGCCACACACCGAGAUUCCCCUUGUGGUGGGUGACUUGCCUACCGUCUACGUGUCGAGGCUGCUGCGUUUCGUGGCCGCUCAGACCGAAGAGUCGCCACACAUUGAGUUCUGCCUACUGUGGAUCAAGGCUCUGGUGGACAAGCACGGCGCCUGGUUGGGUGCGAACCGGGGCAAGAUGGAUGUCGAGCUCCGCGUUGUGUCGAGAGCUGUGUCGAAGAUGAAGGAUGAGAUUCGGAGAUUGGCCGACGAGAACGUCUACAUGGUCGAUUAUCUCCUGUCCCAGGCCGACAAGGGACAACAAAAGUCGGUAACUCUAGACAAGGUGAUUGCAAACGGGAAUGAAUCGGUGUCAUUGGAUAUGCAGGAUGUAGUAUCGGAUGAUGACUCAGAAGGCUCAGAUGGAUGGAUCGGCUUAGACGACUAG